AUGUCACCUGCAAAGAUUGAAAAGGUUGAGAAGAGAAAGAGAGACGAGGACGUUGCCGUCAGCAAAAAGAGCAAGAAGGAGAAAAAGGACAAGAAGAAGGACAAGAAAGACAAGAAGAAGGAGGCCAAGCCUGUUGAAGAAAAGAUGGAUGUCAACACUGCUGCUCCCGCUGCUGUUGAACCCAAGAAGGCCAUCAAAAAGAACGUCGAAAUCCUUGCAUCAUACAAAUAUCAACAAGACGACGAACUCACUGCUCUUCCUCAAAGCACGAUUGACGAAUUUUACAAGAAGCACACUAUUGAGGUCACUGGCGAUCUCAAGCUUCGUCCUAUCCUAGAAUUCAAGCAAGCUGGUCUUCCUGAUAACAUUUUGGAAGUCGUCAAGAACUUCUCCAACCCCACACCUAUUCAAGCUGCUACAUGGCCCAUUACACUCUCUGGCCGUGAUAUCAUUGGUAUUGCCGAGACUGGCUCUGGUAAGACACUUGCUUUCACUAUCCCUGGUUUAGUGCAUAUUGCUGCCAAAUUGAAGAAGGGUAAGAAGAGCGGUAAGCCUUCCAUGUUGGUUGUGUCCCCUACUCGUGAACUGGCUAUGCAAAGUGCUGAACAAGCUGAAGCUGCUGGUAAGGCUGUGGGUGUCACUUCCAUCUGUGUCUAUGGUGGUGUGGACAAGCAGCCUCAACGCAGAGCUUUCCAAAGAGGUGUUGAUAUCGUUGUUGCUACUCCCGGUCGUUUGAUUGAUCUUAUUAAUGAAGGUACCUGUGAUUUGACCGAUGUUUCUUUCAUGGUGUUGGAUGAAGCUGAUCGUAUGUUGGAUGACGGUUUUGAGAACGAUAUCCGUUCCAUCAUGAGCUAUUCUCCCAAGGAUCGCCAAACACUCAUGUUCUCUGCUACAUGGCCCGAGAGCAUCCGUAAGCUUGCCAGUGAUUUCUUGAACAAUCCUAUGCGUGUUACUAUCGGUUCACCUGAUCUUGCCGCCUCUCAGAAUGUGCAACAAAUUGUCAAAGUCAUUGACAACCCCAGAGACAAAGAGCGUCAUUUACUGGAUUUACUAAAGAAGGUUCACAAAUCUCGUACGAACCGUGUGUUGAUAUUCGCACUUUACAAGAAGGAAGCCAUUCGUGUAGAGAGAUCUCUGGAGUACCACGGUUACAAGGUUGUCGGUAUUCAUGGUGAUAAGAACCAACAGCAACGUACUGAAGCUUUGAGCUCCUUUAAGGAUGGUUCUUUUCCCUUGAUGAUUGCUACUGAUGUUGCUGCUCGUGGCCUCGAUAUCCCUGAUGUGGAGUACGUGAUCAACCUUACUUUCCCUCUCACUAUCGAGGCUUAUGUCCAUCGUAUUGGUCGUACUGGUCGUGGUGGUAAGAAGGGUACUGCUUACACUUUCUUCACCCCCGAAGACAAGUCGCAUUCAGGCGAAUUGAUCAAUGUUUUGAAGCAAGCCAACAUGCAAGUCCCUGAAGAAUUGAUGGCUUUCGGUACUACUGUCAAGAAGAAGACUCACAGUGCCUAUGGUGCCUUUUACAAGGAUACUGGAGGAGAAGUCAAGAAGGCCACCAAGAUUGUUUUCGACUAA